AUGUCUCGUAAGCUCAAGUCGAGUCUUUCCGUGGCAGUCAAAGGCUGGUCAGUGGAAAGAUACCAAAUCUGCGGUGAUCAACAACACGGUCUCAGCCGAGGUCGCCACGGUGUGCUUCGUGUACAAGACAAGCCGAGCAAUGAUUUCCGUAUCUACCGACCAACAACGACUACGGGGCUGCAAAUCAAGUGUCGGGUGAUAUCACCGGGAUUCUUUAACGCGAUUAUUUACUCCAAGGAUGCGAGAGAACCGGGCAGCAGCAAGAGACCUUUUACCACCAAUGCCAAGAGAGCGCACCAACUAGAUGGGGAGCUAGAUGAGCAAGCUGGCCCGACUCUCUUGCCCGAGCAACAAGAUGUCGUCAACCAUGCAGUUGCCGGUCACAACAUCUUCUUCACGGGGCCUGCAGGCUGCGGCAAGUCAACCGUCCUGCGUGAGGUGCGCAAACGUCUCGAAGAGAGGAUGACCGUCUGUGUCAUGGCACCGACCGGGAUCGUGGCUCUCGCUAUCCAUGGUACGACAACCUGGUCUUUUGCUGGCUGGACACCAAAUUCCACCAGAAUACCCCUGGAAGAUCUCCCCCGCAGGGAUCCCAUGACUUCGCUACGGCUUUCGAAAGUAAAUGUCAUCAUAAUUGAUGAGAUUAGCAUGAUAGAAAACAACUUCUUCGAAAGGCUCGACUUCCUGCUGAGGCACAUAGAAAGCAGCGACUCCGGCCGGCGGGCCAAACCAUUUGGUGGCAUUCAAGUCAUCAUCACUGGCGACUUCUGUCAACUUCCUCCCAUCAAGCCCUUCCAGCACUGCUUCAACUGUGGACGAGAACUUCGGAAACCGAAAGAGGGGAUAGACUCAACCGUUGACGAGCCACUUAGCACUCGAUGCAAACCUUGCGGUCUAACCUUCAGGGAGGAGGAUAAGUUUGCCUUCAGUAGCGCCGCCUGGAGUCACUGCAACUUUGUGAAUAUUCACCUUAAAGCCAUUCAUCGUCAGAAAGAUCCAGCCUUCAUCUCCCUCCUCCAGAAAUGCCGACUCGGAAUUCCGUUCUCCAACCACGACAUCACGGCCCUCACCCGCCCCAAACCGACUCUUUCUCAAGACAAUGCCGUCAAACUCUUCCCAGUCCGCGCCGACGUCUGGGAGACCAACCACAAGGCCUUCGAGGAACUUGAAACCCCGCCCAUCAUCUUUAAAUGUCACGACGGUUUUGCGGGGAGCUGGGAACACUCCCUCGAAUACGGCAAGCGCCUCGAUGACGGUACCCUCCAAUUUCUCGAUCAGCACCGUUUCGACCGCAAGCUCAGAUUGAAAAAAGGUAUGCGAGUCCUCCUCCUCGCCAGCUUGGGCUCAGACCUUCGUAAUGGCUCCCAAGGGACACUUGUCGGCUAUGAACCUUUCCGCAGUUGGACGAAGCUCCCCACCUGGAACACUGGCACUAUUAGGGGAGAGCACGCUGAAGUUAGAGAGAAACUGGUUAGGGAAUUUGCGUCGAUGCACAAGAGGCAAUUAAAGCAGCGCGGUUUCGGCUGGCCCAUUGUCGCAUUUGACAACGGGAUGACUAAAACUAUAUACCCUGAGUGUGACAUCCACCUGGUCGGGUAUGAGAGCCCGUACUCCACAGUCUCCCGCACGCAAAUACCCUUGACGGCGGGGUAUGCGCUCACUAUCCACAAGGCACAGGGCAUGACACUGGACAAAGUAAUUGUGGACGUUUCGAAGGUGUUUGUGGACAAGCAAAUCUACGUCGCGCUUUCUAGGGCCAGAUCGCUGGAAGGGCUGCAGGUGAUAGGAUUGACUAGGGAAAGUGUGGGCUUCGACGAUGGCGAGGAUUCAGAGAAGGUCAGGAAGUUUUUAAGGGACAGUUUUGGGGAUGAAGUGGUGAAAUACUGACUGGGCAGUUGGUGUAAAUGUGAUGGAGUUUGAGCAGGUACGGAGCAACGUACCUGAAGUGUAGAGUACAUGUCAGUUUAGAUGUUGUGGAAAUUCGACAAGAUAUCACAGUAUCUAUGAAAGUGUGGUCUGAGUGGGAUAGCUCCGACAGUGCCAGGUGUCAAGAUUAUAAAGUGUCUCGUUAUUUACAAGAAGAUACAGAUUGCAG